AUGCCUCAAGCCAUUUUCGUUGGCUGGUGGAAUGUCCCAGUAAAUAAGGUCGUCGCGUUUUACGAGACAACGGAUUGCACCUACAAGCAUGGCCAUUUUACCUUCAAUACGGGAUCUACUCGAAGCCGAGUAACUGGGAUGCACUACUUUGAGGAUGGGCCGAAGCGAAUUCGAUCCCUGAUGUUGGGACGCAACGAAGACGCCUUACUGCAAGAGGCGAUGAAAGCCACUACGGUCUCCCGCUCCUGCAAGCUGCACGAUUGGUAUGACAGCGCAUCUUUGGAUGCAAACAUGACUCUGGCUAACUCGACGUCGGUCUUCGAAUGGGCUGGUGGCGCUGGUGGGCUUUCAGCAAACUGGACCGAUGUUCUUCCUGAUAUAUCUUCCCAAUCGAGUGAUUCUCUUGGGGCUGGUGACAACGCAGGAGCCAACCCGUAGAACUGGUAGACUAUGGUGGAGACAAACGUUUAAAACAGAGUCAAAGUUUUAGUUUUAGAUACUACUGCUUUCGUAGUAUUAGCUGCAUUAUAAACAUUUCAGGUAUCCCACAGCUCAAAGUAUAUUCGUUAUUCUUCGCUUCGGUUGGAGUAGUCAAUCGUGUUAAGCUUAUCAAUAAUGUACGUUAACUAGC